UGCCAAAAAUGUACAGUACAACUGAUAAAGGACCUUUUAUAGUUUGUAUCGAAUCAACCGAAAAAUCGGGCAACAACAUUGGCAGAUUCAAUGAUCUAAAAAUAGCUAAAGACAUAUUCAACCUAAAGCUUGACAAUAUUAAGUACAUUAAAAAUAAAGGUCUAAAUAGACUAUCAAUUGAAUUCACAGAUCAUAAAUCAGCGAAUGAAUUUAUCGAUAACUCUUUCUUAAAAGGAAAAGGCUACUCAAUGUAUGUACCAUACAAUUUUAUAACCUGUAAGGGCAUUGUCAAGCAGAUUCAUAAGGAUAUACCUGUAACGGAAUUAAUGGAAACAAUCAAUUCUCCAUUUGAGGUAAUUAAUAUUAUUAGACUAAAUCGCAAAGUUCUUACCUCUGAUAGUCAAAACAAAAAUAUAGCCACAUACGAACCAACAGGCACUAUUCUAAUAACAUUUAAAGGGAUUAUACUACCCAAAUCAAUUGACUUUUACAGGUUGAAGAAGAAUGUGUUACCAUACGUAGCCCCGGUCACCCAAUGCUUCAAUUGCCUUCUUUAUGGGCACACACAAAAACUGUGUAAAAAUAAAAAAAAGAAAUGUUUUAAUUGUGGGGAGGAGGACACACACUCUAAUACCACUAACGAGCAGUCAAUAACUUAUUCUUGCAUGACAAAGUGUAUUCACUGUAAAAGUAGAGAACACAGAAGCUCUUCAAAGACCUGUCCUGAGUUUAAUCGCCAGAGAGAUAUCAAGAGACUGAUCGCAUAUGAAAAUAUCACGUUUUUUGAUGCCAAUAGGUUAUGUCCCAAACCGCUAUCCACCGAAGAGCAUAUUUUACAUCCGCAAGACUUCCUGAACUUGCCCUUCCGUUCAACUAACCAUAUAGAAACUAACGUAAUCACACCUGCCCAACGGAGAAGCACCAAUUUUACAGAAAAUGGAAAACAAAAUUUCAGCCAAGUUCUGGCUGCUAACAAUAAUCAGAAACAAACCCCAAAGGGGUUCGAUAGGGUUGCCCAUAACGAAGCGCUAUUUUUCCCAAACUCGCGCGGGCCUAAUAUACAAAUCAACAAAACUUCAAUUCUCAACACAAACGAUAGACAGGAGCCGAAUUUAAACCCAACAGAUAAUCAACAAAUUAUUGACGAGACCCCCUCGCCUAUUAGUGCCCAUAUCAAUACUAUUCAAACCCUGGAAACACUACUAAAGAACACAACCCCACAACAAAUAAUAGAACUUGUUAGAUACCUAAGUGAUCAAAAUUCAUAAAACCAGAAAGGACCAUGCUUUUUCCCUCCCUCUUUUCAUUCCUUACAUGUCUGUCUUUCAUUUCAUUCCUUUUAAAAAAUGAUAACUCAAAAAAGUUUAAAGAAUUAAAAAAUUCUCCAAUGGAACAUUAGAAGCGUUUUUACCAAUAAAGGAGACCUUAUCAAUCUAAUAGAAGAACUUCAACCUAAUGUUAUUUUACUUAAUGAAACGUGGCUUAAAGCUAAUCAUAAAUUUGCUUUAAAAUCAUAUAAAAUAAUUAGGCAGGAUCGCAAUGAUGGCUAUGGCGGAUUGGCUACAUGCGUCAAGAACAACUUGAAAUUUACA